UGAAAAAAUAUAUUUUUAACCGAGGACCUUUUUGGCUCGGUUAAAUUCAUAUCGGUAAUUUUUAAUAAGACUUAACUAAAAAUCUUUAAGUGAACUUGGCAUGGAGUAGACUUGUGAAUAUUGUUAAAUAUUCUUAGCUAAAAACAAAUAAAACACAAGUCAUUUCCAAAUAACUUAAUUUGUAAAUUCAAACAUUUUUGAACUUGAUUCGAAACUACUAAGUCGUUUUGUCAACACACAAUAAGCAUGCUGUUGUUGAUAAACAAGUAUUUCAAUCGGUUGCUUUUUACAAACACUUUUAUUUCAAACUAAAUGAGUUAACUCAUUUGAUUCUAAACUGAGUGUUUAUUGAUUUUAAUCGAAUAAUAUUCGUUUCAUUUUUACAAACCAUCUUAUUUAUCAAUACAUGAAUUAACUUAUUUAAUUUCAGUCAAGUUCCUCAUUUCCUUUUAAAUAAAUAAAUUUAAUCGCUUAGUCCUAGCAAACUACCUUAUUUAAUAGCAACCGGCUAGUGUCAUUUAAAUUAGUAGAGUAGUUAAUCGGUAGAAAACAACCGAGACACUUAUUUCAAAACAGCACAACACAUCGAUUAUUUCGUUCAUUUUUCUCGUUCACUCGUUCAUUUGUCCGUCAAACCCCGCCCGUGUCUCAUGUGCUCGCUACGUGCUCGGACAUACAAACUUACCCGCUAGGACGCCUUUUAUUAUUUUAUAUUCUAGUUCAUCUAUGCGUGCUCGCGUAAAAUAGGCUAGAAAAGUGUGUGUAAAAUAAGAUUAAAGUGUGGUGGUGCAGAUAAAGUAAAAGACAAGACAGUAAAACACAAGAAGUCCCGGGACUUGCCCCAUAAAGUGCACCCCGACCAAAAUGGAUGAGGAGGUCCGAAAUUUAUUAAAGGCGUGGAAUCUCGAUGCUUAUAUAGAAGUAUUCAAAGAUAAUGAGAUAACAUCUUUAUCACUGCCCCUAUUAGGGGAGGCAGAAACAAAAGAUUUGAUUCCUAAAGUGGGGCCGAGGUCAAUAUUUUUAAGAAAUUUGGAAAUAUAUAAAAAGACUAUGCACCCGGACUGCCAAAAUUCAACUGCAUGUGAAGAUUUGGAUAUAUCUAUAACAGAUCUACUGCAUUAUCCGCUUGAAAAUCAAGCGGGAACAAGCACACCUACACCGAAAUCUCCUAUUCAAAUCACUUCGAGUUUACCGAACCCAACUUUGACAAUAGCAGUUCCUGCUGACAGCCAAAUAAUUGAUGUAUAUGAUUUAAAAUUGCUAUUAAGUAGCAGUCUAGAAGGAAAAGGCCUUCUUAAUUUGGACAAUAACAUCCCAUUAGAAAACGCAUCACGACAAAGAUUGGUUAGAUUAAUUGGUACAGCAAUAUUAAGGGACACUCCAGAUAAAUUGAUUAGAACUACCGUUUAUGCCAAUUGGGCCAGAGAAAUAGUACGAGUAUUUCCAUGUGAAAAACCAUCUGUGUACUUUCACAGUAAAAUUGUAGAGUCUACACGUGGCCUUAUCACCAGAUUGGCUGGCAAGUUGCCUGAUCAAAUACAUAAUUUGAAAAGGAAAUAUCGGGAAUCCGGUGUAAUUGAAAAACGCAGACGAAUUUCAAGAUCCUCUGAUACAUCAAACCCAUCUUCACCAUUGCUACGCUUACCUGAAGAAUACAUUCUAGAACAAGAGGAAGAUAUCCCUGAUGCCAUUUUAUGGCUGAAAAAUUCCAGUGAGCCUUGGUCAACCGUUUUACAAAAGUGGACAGAGACAACCCGAACUCGCUUAAACCUUUCCAAAGAAUUAUCCAUAUCUCAAUAUUUUAAGGAGUACCCGGCUUUGAAGAAAGCAACUGGAUAUGUAUUACUGGAAAAAGACUUUGAAGAGUUAUAUGCUGGGAAGUAUACAGAUAUUGUUGAGAGUUUUGCUCCUUUAAAAGAAAAAAUUUUUAAACUGGCCGAGAAGAAAAACAAUGCUCACAGCAAGGAUACAACUCUAAAUGAACUUCUCAGUUUGAAAGAUUCAUCGGAAGAGAGCUCCAACAUUGCUUGCAUGUUAUUAAUCCCUACACUUUUGGCUGUAACAAGUAUACGGUUAAAAAACUGUCAAAAAAAAGUCUGGCGGCCAUCGAAAGCCGAAGUCAGGGAAGGAUUCAUCACACACGUGAAAAAUGAUUGCGAUGUGAGGUCAGUUAUAAAUGCUAGGAGAGAAAAAUUUAGGCAAUGGGGUCUUACAGUACAACCCUUCAUUAUAAUCGUGGGUACAUCUCUUGACACGAUUAAAUCUUAUUUUCUAAUUAUCGAUGAAGUGUGGUACGAUCUUCCUAACAUUUUGUCUGUUGUUAGUGCAUGUUUUAAAUUGAUCUGGGUAGUCAAUGCCCAAUAUUCAGCAGAGUGUCUUAGUACGUGGAUGUUCAUUCAGCGCGCGUAUUUUAAGCUUAAUACUAAAUUUGAUACUCAAUCAACAUCAGCUCAUACCCUGUUGGGAGAGCUGGGCAUUGAUAUAUGAUAUACUUACAUAAAGAGUUUUAAUAUUCAAAAAGAAGAAAACCUAUUUUUAAUUGCUUAAUACACUUCAGCAGUUAAGGAAAGAUUUGUUUGUUGUAAGCGUUUAGUAUUACUUUUUUUUUAACAUAAUGGUUAUUUGUUUUAUCUGUAGAUAUGCCGUAGAUAUAAAGGCAUUUAGGAAUCAUUUAAAAUUUAAACACAGUAACCGCACUAUAGCGACAUAUGAGUGCUGCGAAGAUGACUGUAGGAGGUCAUUUCAAAUAUAUAGUUCUUUUAAAAGGCACUUAGAGAAAUGUCAUGUAUCUAAAGAACAAUGCUUGCAGACAUCUAAUAUUGUAGAAAAUAACGAUUUCAAUUCGCACGAAUUGCCGCCAUCAGACAAUGUUUUAAAUCAAAGCAAUGUAAACAUACCCUCAUGUUCGGUUUCUUCUGAAUUGUCAUACUCUUUACAACAAACAAGCUCAAUCGAUAACGUUAUUUCCACAUUUAUAG